AUGAAUGUGUCCCCAGACUCCGAGAUUGAGAUAUCCUUCUGGAUCUCUUGGGCCCUGACUGUCACCCAUGAGGUGAGUGAAUAUACUGAACAGAAAUUCAAUGCGGACAAGAUGGAAGGGGAUCCGGUCAUACCUUCUCCUCACCUAGACACUGAUCUGGUGAUAGCUUGUGAUCGAUUGGUCGAUCACCUCAUCAAAGCAUAUCACAAUCCCAUUCAGAUGCAGAUCGAUAUUGCAAGAUACAGCAAAUUGAUAUCCCUGAAGGACACUGGCCAUAAUGAAGAGAGAGAGAAGAAGCUGCUUGACAGGUGUCCUCCUGGCCAUGAGGGUACCAAGUUUGUCAACAUGCCUGCCACAGUUCUCGAUGUCACUGGUGCGAUCAUCAUGUGGUAUCUCCCUGGUGCACUCAUGGACACCACCCAGGAAGAAAUUUGGAAGGCCUCGCAAUUGCUGACUCCCACACUCGAAAGAAGUGUAAAAGUCAGUGGCAGUUGGCGGACUAAUGAAGAGUGGUUCGGUCAAGGCUCCGGGAGCGGUGACAUUACUGCCGGAUGCAUCAAUAUAUCCCCAGCGUGGUUUCAGCAGGGGCAUGAGACUGUCUCAGAUCUGGAGGUAUCCGCUUCCUUGAAGGGUCCACUUUCUGAGGAUAUCCUCAAAGCUAUUGCGAGGCCGGCAGCUAGCAGCACUCAGGGUCAUGCAUCCUCGACAGUACUGGGCAGGCAUGUGUGCCUUUUCAAGCCUCAGUGA